CCUGUCGAAAUGUGGCCUCUAGUAGGGCAGUGUACGAAAUGAACAUAAACAAACAGGCCCGGGUCACGGGCGAUAUUUUGGGUGUUGGAAGGUAUUGUCCUCUGUUAACCCUUCAUGCAAACUGGACCUACUAUGAACAAGAAGACAAGAUCGUCCUCUGAUCAAAUCACACAUGAUCACAUAUACUGUUGAAACAAUCUAUCUUUUUCCCAGUAGUAGAGUCGGGUGUCUAUGUCUGUUCUGUAGUAAAGGCCCUGCACAGUACAGUCCUAGUGGGGCCUCACCAGUGCUAGUAGAUAUAGCUGAAGAAUGAUUUUUUGUGCUGCUAUUGCAGGGUAUAAAAUGGAAGACAACAUCCUAGAAGAGCAUCUGUCACUUGAAAUGUUUUAAGGAUAUGUUCCCAUGGACUCCAUCUACAUUCCAGCCAUCUUGAGUUGAUUUUUGGGAGUUAGUUGACCAAAAUGUGGAAAUUGGCACAUAUGAAGAAAGCAGUUCCACUUGCUUCCUUGGGAUGGCUCUAUCUUGUCCAAGGAAUCCCAUAUGGCCUUCAAGACAAAUUCAUUCCUGUUCAACUCCGAUCACUUGGACUGCAGUAUUCAAGUGUUUCCUUAUUAAAAAUACUAUUAGUGCCUUGGAUUGCUAAAGGCUUAUGGGCACCCAUAGUGGAGGUAUGGGGUGGGAGACAUCGCUGGCUGGUGUGCUCCCUUCUCGCCCUAGCUGGGUCUUCUUAUGCAGGUUCGUAUAUUGCCCCAGAUGAUGUGUUGAGCAUAGGAUGUAUGUUGCUGGCUCUUAAUGUAUUCUCUGCUGUGCAAGAUGUUGCAGUUGACGGAUUAGCUCUUCAAGUACUUACUCAAGAUCAACUUGGGCUGGGAAACACCAUUCAAGUGGUCCUUUACAAAGUGGGUUGCUUUGUGGGCGGUGCAGGACUUACCCACCUGCUGGUUAUUACAGAUUGGACGAUAACCUUCACUAUCUUAGCUUUUUUAUAUUUCUGUACUGCGGUUUGGGCUACAUACCUGCCCAAUAAAAGUAUCAUACCAGGGGCCUGCUGUAAACAAGAUACAAAAGAUGAUAGCUGUUCCAAUAAUACGUAUUCUAAAAGAGAGAGGCUUGCUUAUCCCACAAAGGAAUGUACUGGGCAAGAUUACGCUAUGAAGAAAAAUACUGGACAGGAUCGUACCACGAAGGAAAAUACUGAGCAGGAUCCUGCCUCUGCGUUGUCUUUGCAUAGCCAAGGUGAUCCACAAACAAAACAAGUAUUUUCUAUUUUAAAGGAAGUCAUUAAUACUCCAGGUACACUUUGGUUAAGUGUUUAUGUUUUGCUGUAUAAAAUGGGUGAGAGAGGGGCCAUAAACAACAUGCCAUUAUAUCUACUAGAUAAAGGUUUAUCCAAACAAAGUUUAGCCUUUUGGAAUGGAACUGUUUGUCAGGGGCUUUCAAUAAUAGGGUCAUUUUAUGGGGGUAUUGUUUUGUUAAAACCAAAUGUUAACAAUAAGACUAUGUUAAUUAAACAUUCCACUUAUAGACUAGUUUCUGUUAUGAUACAGUAUCUUGUGAUAAUAUUUUUUGAGCUUUUUAGAAAUUUCAAUACAUCUGUUUUACAUUCCAUAGGCAUUGUAUCUUUAUGUUCAAUUAGCUACAGUAGUGGAGUGAUAUCCACAGCAUCAUUUACACUUAUGAUGACAGUCAGCAGAGAGUGCAGUGUGUCCACACAAGCAAGUCAUUAUAGCGCACUGGCUUCUGUUGAGGUUGCUGGGAAACUGCUUUUCGCAACACUUGCCGGUUUUAUUAUUGAUUAUGUUGGGAUGUCAUGGACAUUUGCAUUACUAAUAAUCUUGUGUACAAUUCCUUUAAUAGUUUUAAAAGCUAUGCCUGAAAAGCUGUGUCAUUUAAAAGAAGAAUAAUAGUGUAUUUUUCUUACUAUUUUCAUUAAUGUGUUGCAAUGUUUUAAAAUGUGGAUGUUAUGUCAAUUUCAGAUAGAGGUCUUCUUUUGUCAUUAUUAUAAAGAGAUUUAAAUAUGAAGGACAUAGCUAGUCAUAAAUUAAAUGCACAUUGUGAAUGAAAUGGCAUAUGAUGAAUUAUUCAAUAUAGUAAUGGCUAAACUACAAUAAUUUUUUAGUUUAUGGAAUAAUAUAUUAACUAAAUACAACAUGCUGUAGUAUUAUGUACAUCAUAUAUUAUUUAAUAUACAGUAUAUAUAAAACGGGUAAAUUUAUUACGUAUCCAUUAUUAUUCUUCUGUCCUAAAUAAAGGAAGGGAUUAAAAAUAUUUAAUUUACAUUCUCUAAGAAGGCAAAUGGUAAGGGGUGGCAUAAUUGAAAUAAUACAAAUUAAUAGGAGACUAAAUAUAACACAAAACAGUGGAUACAAACGGGUUAAGUUCAGAUUUAGAAAAAUGUUGCUAAAUGUUUGUUUGGGAAUUGAGAUGUACUGUAUAUUUAUGGAAUAAAUUACUUGCAGCA